GAGCUGCCACCGCGGCUGUGGUCACCAUUCCAGCGCGGAUCACUUCCUUAAAAAAAGAGCACAACACUGCUGUGCACGUACGGAGCGGAGCGGAAAGCGGAGCGGCUGGGAGCCAUGGCGGAGAGUGGCGUUGGCGGGGGAGCAGGAGCAGGAGCGGGCGGGCUGCAGCAGGGAUUCCCGGCGGUGUGUUUUGGAGCGGGCAGCGGCUGCUCGGAUGCAGUGCCGCCGGUGUCGGUCUCCCUGGCUGCUCCCGUGCCCCCGUGUCCGUGUGUGUCCGCGCCGCUGCUGGUCUGCGCUGCGGUGACGGACAGCGGCCGCUCCGCCGGCCCGGGGAGUCAGAGUCAGCAGCAGCAGCGGGAGAGAAUCGCGCUGAGGAAGGCGCAGCUCCGCGGCUAUCCCCGGACAAAGAAACUGGAGAAACUCGGCGUUUACUCCGCUUGCAAGGCUGAAGAAUCCUGCAAAUGCAAUGGCUGGAAGAAUCGAAAUCCCCCUCCCACACCUCCAAGAGUAAACGUCCAGCAGACAGCUGUUAGUCUUGCAGAACCUUGCCGGAGUUGUGGCCAUACACUAGCUGAUCAUGUUUCCCACUUGGAAAAUGUAUCGGAAGAAGAAAUGAAUAGGCUUCUUGGAAUAGUACUGGAUGUGGAAUACUUAUUUACCUGUGUCCACAAAGAAGAAGAUGCAGACACAAAACAAGUUUACUUUUACUUGUUCAAACUUUUGAGAAAAUGUAUUUUACAAAUGGGAAACCCUCUGGUGGAAGGACCAUUAGGAAGUCCACCUUUUGAGAAACCCAGUAUUGAACAGGGAGUUACUAAUUUUGUGCAGUAUAAAUUUAGUCACCUUCCACCAAAGGAAAGACAAACAAUUUGUGAACUGUCCAAAAUGUUUUUGAACCGAAUCAACUACUGGCAGAUGGAAACACCUUCACAAAGAAGACUCCGCGCACCAAAUGAUGAUGGUGCUGGAUACAAGGUUAAUUAUACAAGAUGGCUGUGUUACUGUAAUGUCCCACAGUUCUGUGAUAGUCUUCCACGACAUGAAACCACCCAGGUUUUUGGAAGAAUAUUGCUUCGCUCUGUUUUUACUGUCAUGAGGCGGCAGUUACUGGAAAAAUCCAGGCAAGAGAAAGAUAAGCUACCUUUAGAGAAACAAACAUUAAUUCUAACACAUUUUCCAAAAUUCCUUUCCAUGUUGGAGGAAGAAGUAUAUAGCCACAACUCUCCUAUAUGGGAUUUAGACUUCAUGAUAUCAACUGGUAACAUGCAAAUAGGAAUGCAACCAGCUUUUCAUGUGUUUGAAAUUGUAGCUGCUCCCAUGGUUGCAACCACCAAGACAUUUGGGUACGGAUCAAACCCAGCAUCUGGCAGCACUGAUCAAACCAACUGUGGAAAUUUAAGUCCUAUCUGGAGGAAGAAAAUGACUUCUGGCUCUGAGCAAAUGUUUGGAGAAAAGAGAAAAAUGACAGAAUCUUAUAAUAUGGAUGAUGCAAAGAGACUAAGAGUUUUGGGGGACAUUCCUCUGGAGCUGGUGAAUGAAGUAAUGUCAACUAUCACAGAUCCAGCUGCUAUGUUAGGUCCAGAGACCAGCUUGCUAUCUGCACAUGCAGCCAGAGAUGAGGCGGCAAGACUUGAAGAAAGAAGAGGUGUUAUCGAGUUCCAUGUUGUAGGAAACUCUCUGGCCCAAAAACCAAACAAAAAAAUGAUGAUGUGGCUAGUAGGACUACAGAAUGUGUUUUCCCAUCAGUUACCAAGGAUGCCGAAGGAAUACAUCACCCGGCUUGUCUUUGACCCGAAACACAAGACCCUUGCUUUGAUCAAGGAUGGUCGGGUGAUUGGCGGUAUCUGUUUCCGGAUGUUUGCAACACAAGGUUUUACGGAGAUUGUGUUCUGUGCUGUAACCUCAAAUGAACAAGUUAAGGGUUAUGGAACCCAUCUAAUGAAUCACCUCAAGGAAUAUCACAUCAAACAUAACAUUUUAAACUUUCUCACUUACGCAGAUGAAUAUGCAAUUGGCUAUUUCAAAAAACAGGGAUUCUCAAAGGAUAUAAAAGUUCCAAAGGUGAGGUAUGUUGGGUACAUUAAAGACUAUGAAGGCGCGACUCUGAUGGGGUGUGAGCUGAAUCCACGGAUCCCAUACACUGAAUUCUCUGUGAUCAUAAAGAAGCAGAAAGAGAUCAUUAAAAAGUUGAUAGAAAGAAAACAAGCACAGAUCCGAAAGGUGUACCCAGGACUCUCCUGCUUUAAAGAAGGGGUGCGACAAAUUCCCAUUGAAAGUAUACCUGGAAUAAGUAAGCAACCUUACACAGAGGAAUCUGGUUGGAAACCUUGCGGAAAAGAAAGAGGAAAAGAUUCAAAAGACCCUGAACAGCUUCACAAUACGUUAAGGAACAUUCUGCAGCAAGUAAAGAGUCACCAAAGUGCUUGGCCGUUCAUGGAACCAGUUAAGAAAACUGACGCCCCCGGUUAUUAUGAAGUUAUUCGUUUUCCAAUGGAUCUGAAAACAAUGAGUGAACGUGUCAAGAACCGCUAUUACGUGACAAAAAAAUUAUUUAUGGCAGAUAUGCAGCGAAUCUUCACAAAUUGCCGAGAAUACAAUUCUCCAGAAAGUGAAUACUUCAAGUGUGCCAAUAUCUUGGAAAAAAAUUUCUACAGUAAAAUUAAAGAAGCUGGACUGAUAGACAAAUAAAUUUAACUUUUUGAUGAUCUUAUAAUUAAAAUAGUUCACUUAUAUAAUGUAUAGAAUAUCUAUUACAAUGCUUACCUAUAACUCUAGAAACUGGCUGUUUGGGAAAUUCUUAAUUCAGCUCGUUGUUAUUGAAAACGUAUUGAAUUUGCUGUAAGUUAAGAGGUCUCCUCAGAAGAAUUUCACAUUAUUGCACUGAGGUCUGGGAAACACCUAAUGAUAGACAGAGUUUGGAGCAGAGGUAUGUGAAUAUAUGUUCAUAUAUUGAGUGUUCAAUAUUUAAUUUGAUCACUAAAACUCCAUGUGUCCCUUUAGAGAAACCACUGUUGGGUAGGGUUUAGCAUGUUACCAUGCUGGGCUAAAAGGCUGCUGGUAGAGUGCUCAUAAAUUUGAAAGUACUCCCUUACCAUAUUUGCUGUUUUGUUUAGUUAUACUCUAAUCCACACUUGUCAGUUAGUUAAUAUUUAAUUUACAUUCCUGUCAUUGAGAUGAGGUAGUAACAAAAAAUUGCAAAGUAAUAUUAGAAGCAAAUUCAUUUCAGUAAAUCAUUAUUUUACCAAACAGGUCUGCAAUGCUCUUUAAACGUAUGAUUAUUGGCCUACCUCACUGAAGUGAUCUGAUAGGCAAGAUCAUCAGAUCCCCUUUGGGAAGGAGGUAGGAAUUUCCUCCCAUUGAACUUAUUGAACACUGUAACUCUGCCAUAAAGACCCUGACAAAUGGAAUAGUUCUGGCUUGACAGGUUGCUGAGAGUUUUUCUAUUACUCUGUGCUGUAAAGCUGUGGAGUGGAAUUUUGACCUUCAUUCGACAUGCUAAAUUCUGUGAUCUAGUAACGCAUAUUCUUUGCAAUUUCCUUUAAAAAAUGAAGUUACCUUAAUUUAAGGUAAUGGAAUUGAAUUUCAGAUCUUAAGUUUCAAGUACGAAAACAUAACAAGUUCAGCACACAUAACUGUGGAUACAUUUCUAUCCAAAACAGCUUUAGCUACUUAAACUCCAAAUAAAACCGCAGACUGCUCAACCAUGGCUCUUGGACAUGCUCUUCUAGGGGAGGUUUCCUCUAUCAGCAAACAAAAAUUCUUGAACCAAUUUCUGAAUAAUUUGGUUUGCAGAAGUGUAGUUUAUGAUUUCUAUGAGUAUCAAAAAAAAUCUGAUUUAAGACCAAGUAUAUUCUCAACUUGGAUAAUGUAAUUGAGAACGUUUUGUGUUCACAGAAAAGGUACACGGUGUAAGUUGGAGAGUGUACAUUUUAAGUUGUUAAGAUGUUUUAAAUUUAUAUUGGAAGAUUAAAUUUCCACAAUAUGGAGUUCUCAAACUCGAGAAGUCAAGGAAAUCAAUUUUGCAUAUCUGUUUGCCUAGCACAGCGACCUUUAAGCAUAGAGAUGGAUAUAUUUCAGAAUUUGUCUGUGGAGUUGUGUUUCCUUGUCUUUGUCUUUAUCCCAGAGUUUUCAGUUCAAUAAACAGCAGGAUACCAAUGAAACUAUCUGGAAUAUUUAACAUAAUUAUUUUUUAAUUUAUACAAAUGGCUGUUUAGGGAUCCAUGCAUCUUACUGCAGAUGUAAAAAAACGUUUGGCAAUGUUGGCAGCCUUCUGAAACAAUGGUGACAAUUGGCCAGAUAUAUGCAUCUAAAACAAAUAAUUGGAAAUGCAACGUUAACAUCUAUGGUUAACUCCCAAAAAUUGUGCCCCUGUUCUAUUCUACCUUGCCUUUCCUUAUCCUGAAUAUUUUUAAAUCGGGCAAAUAUGGUAGGAAAUUCCUCGUAUGUUGCAAAACAUACUUGGCGAAUAAAGUGUGAUUCUGAUUCUGAUAUUCCAUGUAUAGUUUGAGAGAUUUUGAGGCCCAGUGGAAAUGGCUGCAAGUUAUCCAGAAAUGAUACAGAAAAACUUACUGGAAUGUUUCUAGCACAGCUGUCACUACUCAAAUUUAUCACUGAGCCAACAACUAAGUGGGCCUUAGAGCCACCUGAAACAAGUUGUAGGCCAAUGUAAAAUGGAAAUCAGGGUCUUAGGAAAUGAAUAGAACUGUUUUGUCAUUUUAGGAUAAUAGUGCACAAAGUCUACUCUAGUAUUAUCUGGUAGUGUAGCAGAAGAGGAGUCUAGAGGUGGUAUUUAUUUUUUUGUGCAAUGUGGGUGUUGUGCUCAAUGAUGAGCUGAAUAUUCUCCCAAAAUUCAUAUCACUGGCCUUAGUUUUUAUUGUUCCAUGACCUAUCCCCACUCUACAAAUCAAACGGCAGGCCUGUUUGCCAUAUAAGCUUGUGGUUAGUUUGGAACACGCUGCCAGAGGAGGUAGUUGAAGCAGGUACCAUUGUAAAAUUUAAGAGAAUUUGGACAAGCACAUGGAUGGGAUAGGUUUAGAGGGAUAUGGGGCAAAUGCGGGCAGGUGGGGCAUGUUGGAUUACGUGGGCAAGUUGGACUGUUUCCAUGCCAUAUGACAUAGUUGUUUCUUUUUAUUGUUUAAAUGUGUCUCAUCAGAGAGAGGGAGAGAGAGGGUUUAUUUCAUUAUCUAGGCUAUAAUAUCAUUGUUUAGUGAGGAUUGAAUUUUGUUAAGGAUUUCAUUUUUCAUCAGAACUGGAGCAUUAUUCUAUCAGAUAUGGAGAGAUUUAGAACCUACGGCAUGUAACUGCACUUGUUAUCAACAAUAGAUUUUCCCCACAUUCAAAUCUUUUGGAAUUGCCCUGAAACUGCAAUUCUGUGAUUUUUAAGAGGAAGAGGAAAACUAUGGAUGCAAUACCUGCCUUUUAAAUCAUUACAGUAAAUAAAUAUCUGGCCCAAAAAAAAACUUCCUUUUUCCAAAUUAUUUUAAUUACUUACAUUAUUUAUAAAUGCCUUUUAACAUUGUUGAAAGGAAAAUAAAAUAUACAGAACUGUAUACUUUUGUUCAAUGGAACAGAAUAGCCAUAUUCUGAAGUAUUGAGGCAUCCAGGCAUAAAACACAAAGUUGUGUGUGUUGCGAGUAAAAUAUAACGAUAUUCCAGAUUAUAUUUAUUGGUGUUUUUGCUGAUGUGUUCUGAUUGGAAAAUGAAUACAUCAAUGAGGCAUAAGUGCCAAGUAGCUCAUUUUAAAUCUCUACAAAAUCCAGAAAAGAAUCAAUGAUAUUUACAUAAAAAAUACAUGGAAUAUAGAGAAUCAAUAAAUUGCACACCUCUGGCCGAAUUGACCUCCCCAAACUUACCAGAAGGCUGGUCUGCAGAGGAGGUUGAUGCAUUAGUGGGGAGGAGAAGGUAAAGGUUGUAAACGUGCAGCGGGGUUACAUCCUCUACACAUUACUUAGGUCAGAACAUAAUUUCUAAAGUAUUCAGUGGUCAUGGUUAUUUUCCAGAUUUAUGCAUGAGUCAAGCAACCGCCAAAUUGUUAACACAAGUACAAUGAAAAGCUAGAAAAGACCAAAAUCCAUUUUUUUAAAUAUACAGUUAUUAGUUGUCUUUCAUCACUGAAGUAGUAAAAAAUGUACGUAACAAAAUAAGACCAUGGUUAAAUGACCAUUUUGAAGAAUAUUUUAAGGAGCUCACACAAGGGCUUUCACAGAUAAGCACAUGAACCAUUUAGUUGACGAUUCACACAUUUAUCAAGAUGAUAUGGAACACGACUAGCUGUCUACACAUAUUUCAUUGAACAGAAACAGUGACUAACAAGAUCUUCAGUGUAUUGAAUACCUCUUUUUGUCAGCAACAAUGGAGUUUCUUAAUUGAAAGACAUGCACAUCUUAAUUUAGAUUGAUUUAUUUUAGGUAAAGAUAUUGCAAUUAUACUAAAAAGAGUCCUCAAAUUUCAUUGGAUCCUAUUUUCAUUAAAACUAUAGAAUAUUGCACUCCAGCAGUAACUACUGAUAUACUGUGCUUGAAAUACUGUGUCCUAUAUGUGUGUGUGUGUGUAUAUAUAUAUAAUUCUGGUCAAACACAAACUCAAAUUUGAGCUUUUGCUGUAGAUCCCAAUUUUUCCAUUAGUUUAGUUUGGAAAAUGAAACAAAAUAUAACCUGUUUUUGCUAAAUGUUGAAUUCCUGUUCAUUGUAGAUGUAUCAUGUUUCUUCAUAUUUUGCUAUGCAUUAUCAAUAUAUCUUUUUACUCCAAACCAUUUUGGUUUGUUCUUUAGAGGUAAAACAUCUCUGGGUAAAAUGUACAAAUGUGAAUUGUUUAUGUGUGGUUAAAUGCAUAAUCCAAUUUUCUUUUUGUUGUGGACCUGUCCCAUGAAUAUGAAAUUAGUGAUCAUCAAAAA